UGUAGUCCUCGCAAUCACACCAUGGAGUCCUGGACUAUCCUCCAGCUCAACAUGAGCGAUCUGGUGAGAGACGCCCCACAGGGCUGUGAUAAUGGGGCGCUGAUGGAUCGCUUCGGGGUGCUCAUCCAGGCAGUACUGGCUCUGGUGGCGUUCAGUACAUUAAUGUUAAAACGCUGGAAGGAGCCGAAGGAACUGAGACGCCCGUGGAGAAUUUGGUUUUUUGACACUUCUAAACAAGCCAUUGGAGCUCUCUUCAUCCACUUUACAAAUGUGUUCCUUUCAGACCUGACUGAAGAGGAUCCAUGUUCUUUAUACCUCAUGCAUUUUCUGCUAGAUGCCACUCUUGGGAUGCUGGUGAUUUGGCUCAGUGUGAAACUUGUGUCAAUGAUCGUGGAGCGACAACAGUACACAUUAUUGGUAUUUGGUGAAUACGGAGACCCACCACAGGCAGCUGCAUGGCUUGGACAGUGUGUGAUUUAUCUCUUAAUAAUGGUUGUGGAGAAGACCAUAAUAAGCCUCGUCCUCCUCAUUCCAGGAUGGACAAAGCUUCAGGAAAUUGUACUGGACUACAUUCCAGAUCCCAAGCUGGAGCUCGUCCUAGUAAUGCUGGUGGUGCCUUUUAUAGUCAAUGCAAUAAUGUUUUGGGUGGUGGACAGUCUAAUAAUGAGGAAAUACAAGAGAAUAAAAGUGGAUCAUCACUGUGAGAACAGCACCGACAUGUUACCAGCAAUAAAAGAUGAUGAAAGCCAGGUGAAAAAUGAACUGACCUGA